UUAAUCAAGUGUGUGUGUGUGUGUGUGUGUUUGGAUUAGUGUCUCCAGUGUCUUGCUCAGGGGAAGGUAAUACGCUUGUCCGAACGAGCUUCUUUGUCACAUUCCCUCUUCACAUAGAUGGUUUAAAACUGUGCAACAGAGUGAGAGAGUGGGAGAGAGAGAAAGAGAGAGAGGGAGAGAGAGAGAGAGAGAGAGAGAGAGAGAGAGCAAGAGACAGUCAGACAGACGGAGAGAAAGAGGGGGAUAGAAGAGAGGGAGGGAGUAAUAGACACUGUAGAAGAGAGGAUGGAAAGCGAAUGAAUAAGCAAUCUUGCUUUUUCUACUUUUGGCGCUUGCAUCUCACUCAGAUCACAUGCAUGCCUCCUUUCCCUCUCUUAUCCUUGUGCUCUGAUUUAUCCUUCAUUCUUAUUUACAUUCUGCUCUUUUCUCUUGGUUUACCAUCCCUCUGUCCUGCCAUACCCCCCAGUGUCCCUCCCUCAAGGCUCCCUGUCAUUCCAUCACUCCGUUACCUUUUCUCUCCCCUCUUUACUUUCUAGAAUAUCUUUGUUCCUCUCCCUGGAUUCCCAAAUGACCUCUUCUAUUAGUCAAUGACCCACUGAACCCUCUCUCCCUUUUCUAAUCACUCUUAUUCCCAUGCAUGCCCGGACACACAUGCAUAUGCAAGCACACACGCAUACACGUGCACUUACACACAGGCAUACUAACACAGAUACGGUUAGAGAGAACACAUAGAACAAGAAGGAUUUUACAAUGGGCAACUCUGUUAAGUCGCUUAAAAAUUUCUCCAAGAAGGACCAGAAGAGGAGCUACAAAGCAGUGCAGUCCUGUGAGGAGGGGGGCACUGGGGGGGCCUAUCUUGAGCCGCUAGUGGCCCUGGCCCAGAGCGGAGCCAACAUGCACAACGUACUGGGGCCUGCAUGCAUCUUUCUACGCAAGGGCUUCGCUGAGAGCCGGCAGGCUGACCGAGAGUUGAGGCCAGAAGAAAUGGAUGAGUUGCGUGAGGCAUUUAAGGAGUUUGAUAAAGACAAAGAUGGCUUUAUAGGUUGUAAAGACCUGGGAAACUGCAUGAGAACAAUGGGCUACAUGCCAACAGAGAUGGAGCUAAUAGAAUUGAGCCAGCAGAUUAACAUGAAUUUGGGGGGACAUGUGGACUUUGAGGACUUCGUGGAGCUGAUGGGGCCCAAACUUCUAGCUGAAACUGCAGACAUGAUUGGGGUCAAGGAGCUGAGGGAUGCUUUCAAGGAGUUUGACACAAAUGGCGAUGGCCAGAUCAGCACAGCAGAGCUUAGAGAAGCAAUGAAAAAACUUUUAGGUCAACAGGUUGGCCACAGAGAUUUGGAGGACAUCCUACGAGAUAUUGACCUCAAUGGAGACGGGCACGUAGACUUUGAAGAAUUUGUGCGAAUGAUGUCUCGAUGAGUUCCUGACAUGAGUACCUGUGCAUUGUGAUACUACAUGGAUUCUUGUCUUAUAUGGGAAGAAGACAAAGAAGAGAAAGACAAACAGAGACAGUUGACUGAUGAAUCUUGAACCUCUGAACUGUCAACAAACAAGGAGACAACAUAUCAGUUCUGCCCUGAAACUGUCACACUGAAACACAAAGCCUGACAACCACAGCCAAGAGUAACACUGUUGAUUAUAUGCUGCUGUUUCUUACAGCAGAACUUGCAGAAAUGCCUGCCCCUUCAGCUUUUACAAACUAUAUUUUCAAAAUACAUUUUCCUUUAUUAAUGAUAGAAUUUUGAACACUGUAGUGGUUGUUGACCAAAUGGGUAGACGAUAAUGUACAUUUUAAGAAAUUUGCUCAAACAAAAUGCCACUGUGUAGCAAGUUAAGAGACACAUUUUUACCACAAUGAUAGGAUGGCAACACCCCGGUUACAUUAACACACUCCUUUCAUAUGCCGCAGACUUCUUAAGCACACAUACAGUAUGGCAAUAUCCCAAUAUCUCAUGUGAUCUUGUCAAAACUAUGCGUUUGUGUUUGUAUUUGUGAAUAUCAUUGUUUGUCUCUGCCCUAUAGAUUUGUUAUGUCCAUACUGUCAAACCCUGGUUUAAACAAGCCAGUAUUUGUUUUGGAAUUGCAUGUAAUGUAGCACUUUUAUUUAGUUCCUCUGCAUUUAUUAUCAUCAUGGCUAUCUAACUAUGAUAGCCAUGUAAUUUUCAACAUGCAUAAGACCUGGGCAUGUUACACAGUCCUUCAAUCUUGAAUUUCUUAAAGACAGUACUGUCAGGGUACAAUGAGCUGCUAAUCUUGGCUACUGUGAUAGGCCUUUUUUCUAUGUUUUAUCAGUUAUGCAUAUUACCCUGCAAGAAUACUCAGAAUACAUACUGCACUUUUGAGUUGAUUUAUCAGGGUAUCUCCACCACAGUGCACAACAGUAGGUGAUCAACAGAGCAUUGAAACUUUUUCCCUCCCAGCAUUAUUAUUUUUUGAGAGAGAGUAUUGAUAAAUGUAUAUACUGCAUUUUUGUUUGAGUCUGCACUGUCUACUGAACAGUCUUGAAGCAAAAAAUUUCACUUUGGUGGAAGAUUUGCAUUUUGACUUGUAUACCUCGAAAUGAACUGAAUAAUCAGCUUCAUUCAAACUGCCCUAUAACCUAAUCUGUAAAUGCAAUUUACAUUUUUCCUUACCCUCAUUAUCAAUAAUUGCAAAAGGGCAGUACAAACCUACUUUCUGGAGAAAAAGAAAAAGGAAAGAGAAAUAGUAUGUAAUAUGAAUUACAUUUAUUGUAGUAACUAUACACACACAAACACACACACAUAUAUACAUAUAUAUAUAUUUACUACAUAUAUAUAGAUAGAUUGAUAGAUAGAUUGAUACAUAGAUAAUGAUAUCAAUCUAUCUAUCAUUAUAUAUUUAGAUACAUACAUACAUACAUACAUACAUGUAUUUUUUUUCCUUUUUUUUUUAUGUGAGCCUUUGAACUAUAUUUUCACAGUGAAACUGACUCAUGUUCCCUUGAAUUUCUGGGGUGGUUGAUUGUUUUUAAAUUGACCUGGGGUAUAUCUGUGCUGUCAAGUAAAAAUGUUCUGCUAAAGGGAAAUAUUACAUUGUGACAUUACUUGUCCUUUAGAACUGUGUGAAACUAUGCAUGCUAGAAACAACUGCAAUUUGUAGCUUAAUAGAAGAAAAUAAAGGUUUUUAUUGGAACUUAAACAACA